UGCUAGUGAAUUUGAAGAUUGGAUCAGUCCUGCGAAUACCUCAUAUAUUUGUUUCAAUAAUUUCAUCACGACUCUACGAAUUCUCCCGUCUACCAUGUCUUCGCAGAUGAUUCCGCGACUCCUUUCGUUCUCGCCCACCGCCGGUCAAUGGUCUCGGUUCCUUCAGAGCUCCUCUGUUCUGACCCAAAACCUCUUCAGACCUGUUGGGCUGUCCUUGACAAUUCCGGGUCUGCUUUCUGAUAUCUGGGAUUCUGUUCUGCGUGCCGUACCGAAGAAGAAGGUCUCCCACAUGAAGAGACGCCAUCGGCAAAUGGCUGGCAAGGCUUUGAAGGAUGUGAAGAAUCUCAAUACCUGCUCGGGUUGUGGACAGGUGAAACGCGCACAUGUUCUGUGCCCACACUGUGUAGCGGGUAUGACUCUGCUCUGGAAGAAUAGGAUGUUUCACUCGGCGUGACAACUAACCACGAGGUCUUUGGUCAAUAGAUAUCAAGAAACAAUGGGGUAAGACCCAAACGGCAUGAUUCUUACGCGCAAUCAUUAGACGAGGAAGUCGGACGAUAAAUAGAAUACGAGAGA